CCAUCUUAGAGCAGAGGUGAGCAGGGAGCUUUGAACAGGUCCGAAACUGAGGCGUUCCAGAAUUUCAGAAGCUUAGAUUGUUAUUUUUACAUCUGAACCUGGGGGGCCAACAUGGGUUACAGGACUGUGGUGAUGUACAUAGAGAUCGGCUGCUUUGUGGUCUGCGUGGCCGGGUGGAUUUUGGUCUGUUCCACUCAGCCCAUUGAGAUCUGGACUUGGUCUGAGGUCAACUCUAUUGUCCUGACAACAUCAAACUACUUCUCCAACCUGUGGAAAGAUUGCAUUUCUGACUCCACGGGAGUCUCUGACUGCAAGGGAAUCCCAUCAAUGCUGGCACUGAAUUGGGACAUCCAUAUGUGCCGGGCUCUCAUCAUCACUUCUAUCAUUUUGGCUUUCUUUGGAUCCAUCCUGGUCUUAGUGGGAAUGAAGUGCACUAAGAUUGGGGGCUCAGAGAUUACCAAUGCAAAAGUAACCUUUGCUGGAGGGAUGAACUACCUUAUAGGAGGAAUGUGUGCAAUGGUGGCGUUCUCAUAUUAUGGACACAAAAUCAAUUCAGAGUUUCAGAACCCAAACUAUGUGGAACAGAAGUUUGAGAUAGGUGUUGGAGUCUUCAUUGGCUGGGGUGGCUCCACUUUGCUUGUCGCUGGAGGCCUUAUUUAUAGUAUCUUAGCAGGGAGGGAAGCCUUCAAAUCAAGGCCAGAGAAGUACCCCGUCACAGAGUACCCUGCUUACACGUUUGUUCCAUCGAGAAAGAGCUACGCAUCAUCGGCUCGCACAGAGAUCACAGGAACCAGGAAGUCCAGGAGCUCCAGCGGAAGCAGAAACAGCAGCGUCUCCGUCAUCUCAAGCACAACAAGGAAGACGGGCAGCAACGCUUAUGUCUGAUUCUUGCCUAUAGUUUCAUGGGAAAGUAUUUUCUCUCCUGACAGAUUUGAUCUGUUUAUGCUUGUUUUUUUUGGUCAGAUGUACAUGUUUCAGAUCAUUCAGAUCUCAUCACUGUAUCUACUUGAAGGGCUUUCAGAGUGAAAUUCGUUCAUGCCUUGUGUUGGAUAGCAACAUUUUCUUUGCUGUAGAAAAUGUUUUGACUUGGUGGUUUUCACAAACCAUCAAAAUGAUAACCCCAAAAGACUGAAUGCUACUUUUAAACAGUUGAAUUGACUGUUUAGACAGAUUUUAAAGAUUGCUCAUAUUCCCAAAGGGAUAAUAAAUCAUAAAAUGACUACAAUUUAAACAAGUUAGAUUCAAUCAGUCAAUUAAGCAAAUUUUGAAGCAAAUUAGUUUGUUUUGUUUAGGAUAUUUGUUAACUGAUUAAAUUUGCUGCG